AUGAAUACCGGAAGCUCUAGCCAGAACCCACACCACGGCAUGGAAAUAAACCAAGUGGCCCUCAGGGAAGGACUGGAAUCAGAAGAAAGUGAUGCCCGACAUUCAGCACAUGGCAGCACAGGGAGUAGGAGGUCCAGGACCGGUUCCAGAAGAAUGAACCUGAUACAGGAAUCUGUGUUACGACAAGAGGUCACAACACAAAGAAGCCAGGAUACUCUAAACAAUAUGACAGCCAUGAUGCAAUGGCAGGUCAACAGGCAAUUCAGGAAGGAUCGAGAGGCUGCCAUGGCCAGAAUUCCCAAUCCCGAUGAGGUGGUCCAGCAACUAGACCUUCCCUAUGGUCCCCCACCAGGGUUGGCGUGGCCAUAUCAAGAGAAUCCUCUUGUUGCACAGAUAGCUGGGAUGCCAGAACGGGGAGGAAUCCAGGCUGGACACCGGGAAGUGGUUUUCCCUAUCCAAGAACGUCUGGCCCCAAUACAGCCAGAAGGUCCUGCGCCAGGACAAGUUCUACAGAAUCAGCAAGAGCCUCAGCCUGCUCCGCAACAAGCGGCCCCACAAGAUCACCCUAUGGAAGUUCUGCCUGAACAUCCAGCAGUGGUACCCUACAGGCCCAGAAGAAUGGACCCCAAUCCAUUCCCUCCACCUGCAAGAGGAAGGAGAGGCAGAGGGGGAAAUUACCCUUAUGCUAAUAACGACAGGAACAGGCAGGGGGCAAACUGGAGGAACCACCCAGGCCUGGAGGAGCCGGAGGAGCACAGGGAAGAAGCUCUGCCUAGACCAUACAGGGCAGAACCACGAUUCAAUCAUGCCCAGCCAGAACAGGGACAAAACCUUCCCCCUGUUAAUGCUCUAAAUGACGUGGGGGCAUUGCAGAGGAUGAUCAGAGAAAUGAUGGAGCCUGAGGCCAGGAGGGGGGAAAGACCCACCUAUAGGAAGCCAUAUCCACCUUACAUUGAUCAGAUACCCCUGUCCCCGGGCUUUAAAGUACCAAACUUCACUUUAUUCAACGGAGAGGAUCCCCAUGCUUCAUCAGUUGAGCACGUAGGCAGAUUUUCUACCCAAUGCAUAGCCAUAGAGAAUAACCCACUGCUAAAGCUAAGGCUUUUGGGGAAUUCUCUCUCUGGACAGGCUUUCACUUGGUACACUACUCUGCCAGCAAAUUCCAUUCAGACAUGGGAGCAAAUGGAGAGCGUCUUCCAUGACUACUAUUACAGGAUUCAGCCAGAAGUCACCAUCAGUGACCUUGCAGCUCUCAAACAGAGUGAAGAUGAACCUGCCCAAGACUUUAUAAACAGGUUCAGGAAGCUCAAAAUGAAGUGCCGAAUCCCCAUCGAAGAAAGACACUUCAUUCAAAUGGCUCAGGCUGCCCUCAAAAUCUCUCUGAGGAAAAGAUUUGAUGGGAUGCUGUUUGGAGAUCUGGCAGAACUGGCAGAUAAAGCGGCCAAGUACGAGGAAUUGCUCAGAGAGGAACAGCAGAAGAGAAACUCUUCCAAAGGCACGUAUUAUAAAUCCCCUUCCUCCUCAAUACAUAUGAUUGAAGUGGAGUCAGAAGAAGAUGCGGAGGAAUCAGAGGAGAGAGAGGUUGCAGUUGCGGAAAUGGCAAAAUUAAAGCACCCCAUCAGUUGUAAAACUCUUACAAAACCUCCAAGGGAUCAAAAGCCGCCACCAUUCACAGGAGGGUUUGUUCCAAAUAAACCCAUGCAGAACAAAGUGUAUUCCUUCGAUCUGACCAAAGUAGAUGCCUUGUUCGAUGAGAUGUUGCUACAGAAAGCAAUAGAGACACCUCACAGGAUGCCCAAGCCAGAAGAACUCAAGGGCAGACAGUAUUGCAGAUGGCACAAUUCUUGGAAUCAUUCUACCAAUAGUUGUGUUGUUUUCAGAGAUGUCAUACAGGAAGGAAUAACAGCAGGAAGGCUGAAGCUAGCAGAGAAACCUCCAUCUGUCACCACAGAUCCUUUUCCCCAGCCACAAGUUAACAUGGUCAACCUAAAUUGGCCAGAACGGAAGAAGGACAGACCAGUCAUGCAGGCUGGCUCCAGUGGAAGCAGAAUAGUUUCAAAGGAGACUAUGGAAAGACCAAAAGCAACCAUUUCAGCUGGAAUAGUGCUUUGCAGCAGGUGCAAUUGUGAGGCUGAGUUGGAAGUAGUCCUGGAAAAACAGGAGCUGCCCAUUCCAAGUGUUUUUGACCGGAUCGGAACCACGCCCCAUGAUAGGACCAGGCAGAGAAACUACCCUAGGCCUGUCCAAUCCAACAGAAGGGUGACUAAGCAACCCAAAGAGGAAAUAUCAAUAAAAGUGCCCGGAAGUAACAAACCUUUGGCGGCCAUCAUUGAAGGCAGGUGGUACUCUAUCGGGAAGAAUGGCAGACCAACCAUGGAGCUGACAAGAACCCAGAGGAGGAGGGUUCAGAGACAGUACUGCACAUUCCUCAAUAACGAGAAAGACGCACAGGUGCUUCCAAAUGCCAAUUCUGCCAGAAAAGGGAAAGAACCAGAAUUAUUUCCCCAGACAGAACAAGCAGUCUCUCAACUACAGAAGUUGACAAAAGCAGAAUCCUCAGAGAAACCUUCUGUCCAUCCUGCCCCCGCCUCAGGAGGUCUACUUGGAACUCCCCAACUAGAGGAAAGAACCGAUCCUGUUUCAGGAGAAGGACAAGAAGACUGGGUUGAGGAAGAUGAAGAGGAGCAGCUGGAUUAUGAGCCAUCCACAGAUGACCAGAAUACCCUCCUCGGGACAGAAGAACUGGGAGAAUGGACGGAGAAAUAUGAUGGAGAACAGAUGGAAUAUGACGGAGAAUUGGAUGCAGAAACUGAGGCCUUUGGUGCAGAACUGGAGGACUUGUUACGUGUUGACCUAGGCAUCAAUAUGGUGUUCAUUCUGCCAGAAAAGUUCUGGGCGGUAGAAGGACAGAAGAGCACUCUGGAUGGAGACGUAUUUUCCCAAGAAAGUUUUGAAUGCAGGUUGGCAGAAACGGAAGAAAUGCCAGAACAGCAAACAGGCAAUCCCAGGAUAGAAGGAGCAACCCACAAGCUGACAACAGGUCCCCUUUGCUUCUCCAAACCAACCAAAGAAAUGGCAAACCACCUCAGACCCUUGUUCAUAACAGCAAACUUUGGGGGUGUUCCGAUCCCCAAAACCAUGGUAGAUGGAGGUGCAGCCAUCAACCUUCUGCCUCACAGAAUGCUGAGCAAAAUGGGCAGAACAGAGAAGGAUCUAAUCCCAACCCGCCUGACCGUCACCAACUUCGCAGGGGGCAUCACCAAAACCCUUGGGAUUCUGGAUGUAGAUGUCUUGGUAGGAAGCAAGAAGCUGAAGGUUGCAUUCUUUGUGGUAGAUACUACUUCCACCACUUACAAUGCAUUGCUUGGCAGAGAUUGGAUUCAUCAGAGUCUGUGUGUUCCUUCCACUCUUCAUCAACAGUUAGCUUUAUGGAACGAAGAUGGCUACAUGGAGAUAGUAGAGGCCGAUCCACGGCCAUUCCUACCUUCUGCCAUGUGUUGUGAGGCAAGGUACUAUCAUGAUGACCUUGGUCCUUUCACUUUCUUUGGAGUCAACCAGAACGGCCGCCCCCAUGGUGUCACGGCCCAGAGACUCAUUGAAGAAGGUCUAACCAAUUCUUUGGAGGAUUGGAACAGACCUUUUGUCCUAAAUUUCCAAAGCACUGAUGUUUAG